UUCCGUUCCAUUCGUACUAAUUUAAACUUUUCGGCAGGAAAUUUGAAAUAAAAUUGUUCAUGAUUUUUAGAUGUUUUCUUAGCUUACGGAAAUGAAGUUGGACAAAAAUAAGCUCGCGUCGAGACCUCGGCUGCUGUUCACAGUUGGCGGCUACUUGGACACACUGUUGAGUCGUAUAUUCUGUUUCCUAGUUCUGAGCGCAAUAGCUUUGCUGAUUAUCUUUACCGUUGUCGUUGCCAUGGACGAUAUAGCCAAGCUAAGGAAAAGACAAAACUUGCGCUUGGAAAACUGUAGCGAGAACAAAACACGCAACGGUCGUUGUUAUUGGCCCUCGGAUUGGUGUCGCAUUCUGUACAAUUGCGACUGGAAAGAGCCAAUGCGCAGGCAAUCGACUUCCAAACAACAACAGACCCAGCAACUACAGCCAGACGUACCGCCGUGCUCAACAGCAGUGCAUAGUAAGUCUGAAAUUAUAAAGUUCCUGGUGCAUCAACACCCACGAAAAGAAGUGGAGCAACAGCCGCCUGUCGCCAACGAAGUACUGGAGGUGCCUUUCAACUUGGAGCAACUGGACACAUCGUAAAAAAAAUUGCUUUUUUUUGGAUAUUUUUCGGACUAUCAAUUGAGUAUGCGGCCACCUCUUUUAAAUCGGCAGCCCAUCUAGUCAUUCUUGUUCAAAUAUAUUUAGUAAUGCUUGUGACGUCACUCACCAGACCGAACUAUCGGGUCGUCCCUGAUUAGCUUACACUCAUAUAUAAAUAUAUACAUAUAUAUGCUCCUAGUAUAUAUGUAUAUAUUUAUAUUACAUAUGCCACCGGGCUAAUGUUUCUCAUCAAGAUUGAGACAUAUGUUGUCCCGGGUCAAUAUUUUAUUUAAAACA